AUGCUCGCCUUGCUCGCCUUGCUCGCCCUCGCUCUGCCCCAGCCCUUCGAGGCGGCGGAGGAGAAGGAGGCGGCGCGGCACGCCGAGGAGCUGCUGGCGGAGGUCGAGGCGGAGAAGCGCGCCAAGGGGAAGAAGGGCAAGAAGAAGAAGAAGAAGGGCGGCGGGGCGGGCGCAGCUGCUGGGCCGUCGCAGGAACCCGAGGAGGUUGCCGAGGCGCCGUCGGAGGCAGACGCAGCCGAGGCGGCGAAGAAGGCCGAGGAGGUGAGGCUUCUCCUGCUUCUCGAGCAGCUCACCGAGGAGAGGAUCCGGUUCGGCAUCACGGCGGAGAGCCAGGCCGCGGCGUCGGCCGAGGUGGCCGAGGCGUCACGCUUGGCCGAGGAGGCGGAGGAGGCGGAGGAGGAGGCGGAGGAGGAGGAGGAGGCCGAGACAGCGGCCGUGGCGGCGCUGGCUGUGGCCAAGGCUGUACGGGCGGAGUCCAGGGCGGCGGAGGAGGCGGCCAGGGCGGCGAUGGACGAGGAGCUGCUGGCGGAGGUCGAGGCGGAGAAGCGCGCCAAGGGCAAGAAGGGCAAGAAGAAGAAGAAGAAGGGCGGCGGGGCGGGCGGGGCUGCGGGGCCGUCGCAGGAGCCCGAGGAGGUUGCCGAGGCGCCGUCGGAGGCAGACGCAGCCGAGGCGGCAAAGAAGGCCGAGGAGGUGAGGAUCCUCCUGCUUCUCGAGACGCUCACCGAGGUGGCCGAGGCGGCGCGCUUGGCCGAGGAGGCGGAGGCGGCGGAGGAGGAGGCGGAGGAGGAGGAGGAGGCCGAGGCAUCGGCUGAGGCGGCGCUGGGUGUGGCCAAGGCUGCACGGGCGGAGUCCAGGGCGGCGCAGGCGGAGGCCAGGGCGGCGUUUGAGGAGGCGAAGGCGGCGCUGAGCGGGGCCGACUCGGCUGUUGAGGGGGACGAGACGGCGUUUGAGGAGGCGGCGGCCGCGACAGAGGCGAGGCGCGCCCAACGACUCGCCCUCUCAAUGGGUGCCGAGGACUACCUCACCGAUGGUGCCGUCCCACGGGAGCCGGGAGCGAGCGAUACUCCCGACCUCGGUGCGGCAGACACGAUCGACACCGAGUUUGUCCGUGAGAAGAUCAAGAACCGUCACCUGCACGACGCCAUCUACACGCGGUGCGGUUCGGUCAUGAUUGUGACCAACCCCUUCAAAAAGAUGAACCUCUUCAGCAAUGCGAUCCUCGAGCAGUACAAGAAUGCUCCGGUGCUGACGGAGCUGCCGCCGCACACGUUCGCCGUCGCCUCGACCGCUCACAGAGGCAUGGUGCAGGAGGGCCUGAGCCAGGCCAUCAUCGUCAGCGGCGAGUCGGGAGCGGGCAAGACCGAGUCGGCCCGCCACAUGAUGCUUUACCUGAGGUAUGUUUGCCAGACGAGCGAGGAGCUCGAGACGCGCCUCUACGGCUCGGACCCAAUCACCGAGGCGUUCGGGUGCGCAAAGACGGUUCGCAACGACAACUCGUCGCGGAUGGGCAAGUUCACCACCCUCAACUUCGACUCGGGCUCAAAGAUUCAGGGCGCCACUCUCAACACCUACCUGCUCGAGAAGACCCGCGUGACGACGCCGGGGCCAGGCGAGCGCGCGUACCACGCCUUUUACGCGCUGCUGCGGAGCGGCGAGGCUGACCGCGUCUCGUCGCUCAAGCUGACGACCGAGCCCGCCGACUACUUUUACCUCAACAACAACGGGGCGCACACGGGCGAGCCGGGUGGCAAGCGGACCGACAAGAUGCUCUGGGAUGAGCUCGACGAGGCGCUCAAGGCGGGCGGCUGGACGGCCGACGGGCUGACCGAGCUGUGGGCGCUGGUCGCCGCCUGCCUCCACACGGGCAACAUCAACUUCGACCCGGCAAAGACGGACACGGCGACCAUCACGGCUGACUCCGCCAAAUGGGUAGAGAACGUCGAGGCCGUGCUGGGCCUCCCGGGGGGCGUGCUUCCAAAGGUGCUGACCAAGAUGAAGAUGAAGGUUGGCACCGAGAUGAUGGACAAGGACCUCACCGUCGCCAAGGCCGUGGACACGCGCGACGCGUUGGCCAAGGGCAUCUUCUCGCGGCUCUUCGACAAGCUGAUCGAGCAGAUCAACACGUCGAUGGCCGAGGCCAAGGGCUGCGACCGCAACGCGACCAUCAAGAAUGUCAUCGGUAUCGUCGACAUCUUUGGCUUCGAGAUCUUCGAGAAGAACUCGAUGGAGCAGCUGUGCAUCAACUUUGCCAACGAGAAGCUGCAGGCGCUCUUCACCAAGACCGUCUUCGCCGAGACCAUGAAGGCGUACAAGGAGGAGGGCAUCGACGUGGCAGACAUCACGUACAGCGACAACGCCAACCUCAUCAAGACGUUCGAGACGCCAAAGACGGGCCUCUUCGGCCUCCUCACCGAGGAGUGCAUCCUGCCAAAGGGCACGGACGAGGGCUUCACCGAGAAGGUGAUGGCGACGCACGGCAAGGGCGGCAUCAUCUUCCGGAUGAAGGGCGUCGGCCCAAAGGAGGGCUUCGGCCUCAACCACUUUGCCGGUCAGGUCAACUACGGCACCAAGGCCUGGCUCGACAAGAACCGCGACCCGAUGAGCGGCGACCUGGUCCAGCUGAUGCUCUCCGCGGACAACAAGCUCCUCAAGGAGCUCUUCACGGAGAAGCAGGAGGCCGACGCGGGCGGCGGCGGCGGCAAGAAGAAGUCGCCAAAGUUCAAGGGCGUGAUGGACACCUUCACGGCGCAGCUCAACGACCUCAACGGCACGCUCGAGAAGUGCGCGCUCCACUUUGUCCGCUGCUUCAAGACCAACGACCAGAAGAAGAAGGAGUUCAACGAGGACGAGGUGGUGAUGCGGCAGCUGCAGACGUCCGGCGUGCUAGACGCGCUCCGCGUGUCGCGCGAGGGCUACCCCGACCGGAUGAUCUUCGAGACCUUCAGCUCGCAGUACAUCGCGGUGCCCGGCCUCAAGACGGCCGCAGAGCUCGCCCCCAAGCCGCCCAAGGAGCGGGUCGACACGCUGCUCGAGCGGCUCGAGGUGCCCAAGGAGAAGUUUCGCUCCGGCAAGACGCGCGUCUUCUUUGCCGCCGGCGUGCUCGACGGGCUCCGCGCGAAGCGGACCGCGAUGCAGGCCAAGAUCGCCACCGAGAUCCAGCGGGUGGGCCGCGGCCUCGUCGCCCGCGCAAAGGCGCGCGAGCUGCGCAAGAUCCGCGAGGCGGCGCUGCAGGCGAUGGUCGCCGCGACACCGGGGGAGGACAUCGAGGCGCUGCGCACGGCCAUCAAGGGCGCCAAGGACGCCGGCCUCCCGAACUAUCCCGCUGGCAAGGCCAAGUUCGACGAGGCGGAGAAGCGGCUCGCCACGCUCGAGGCGGAGCUCAAGGCGCGCAAGGAGGCGGAGGCGGCGCUCGAGGCGGCCGUCGCCGGGACGGACAUCCCGGCGCUCGAGGCGGCGCUCAAGAAGGCGGUCGACUGCAAGUCGGACAACAAGCCGCUGAUCGAGCGCGGCGAGAAGCGCGUCGAGUUCCUCAAGGAGGAGGAGCGGCGCGCCGAGGAGGAGCGGAAGCGGAAGGAGGAGGAGGAGAGGAAGCUGGCCGAGCUCAAGGCGGCGGCGGAGAAGGACGCCUCCAAGAAGGCGGAGCUCGAGGCCGCCCAGGCCGCCGCCGCGGAGGCGGAGAAGAAGUCAGCCGCCGAGGCGGCCGCGCGCGAGGCUGCGGCGGCGGGCGGGGACGCGGCGAUCGUGGCGCAGGCCGAGCAGGAGGCGGAGGCGGUCAAGGCGGAGGAGGAGGCGAAGCAGGUGGCGGAGGAGACGGCGCAGAAGACGCAGCUGGUCAAGUCGCAGAGCCGCAUGCUCGCCGAGGCGAAGGCGGACCCCGAGCACGCCGCGGUGGCGGGCGACGCGGCGGCCAGCGCGGCGGCCAGCGCGGUGGCCAACGGCGCGGGAUCGGACGAGGCGAUCAAGGCGGGCAUAGCGGCCGCGGAGGCGGCGGAGGCGGAGGCGCAGGAGCGGGCCAUCCAGGAGAAGGCGCAGCUGCGUCGCGCGACGAUCGACAAGCUGCGCAGCGAGGAGGUCAAGUUCCACUCGUUGCCGGAGGACGUGGUGGACUACGCCGACUACCUCGGGAUGGACCUCAAGGAGGACCUCGGGCUGCUGUGGAUCGCCGACGAGGCGCUGCGCGCGGACGACCCCGACGGCUGGAUCGAGCGCGAGGGGCCGACGGGCGACCACUACUACGAGCACGAAGUGACGGGCCAGGUGCUCUACUCGCACCCGCUCGACUACCAGUUCCAGCAGCUCUACCUCGAGGAGAAGAAGAAGGGCGGAAGCGGGCAGCUGGGGAGGCGAAACUCGGACGACGACGACGACGACAUGGCGCCGCCGAAGCAGGCGCGCAGCAGCAGUCGCGCCGCCCUGCUGGCCGCCACGGGCCCGGUGGGCAGCGCGGACGACGUGUUGCGGCGCGUGCAGCGGCUGCUGGGCACGACGCGGAGCGACGAGCUGCGGCAGCUGCUCAUUCAGCCGUCGCUGUGCAAGACGCCCGUGCGCUGCUUUGUGAUCCGGCACAAGUCGUUCAUGGGCACCCCCCGCUUCGACUUCUUCAUGUCCAUCUCGCGCACCGACGACAUGUACUGCUUCACGGCGAAGAAGUGGCCCCUCGGGAUCAACAAGGGCUGCUACUACUCCAUCUCGCUCGACCAGGAGGAGGCGAAGCGGUCCAAGGCGAGCACGCUCGAGUCGGGCGCCUUUGUCGGCAAGGUCCGCUCCGACAAGAAGUCGCUCGACUACACCCUGUACGACGACGGCACCUCGCCCGACGGAAAGGACAAGGGCGGCACCUCGGUGCUGCGCCACGAGCUGCUGCACAUAAACUUUUCGAACUCGCUGCGCAACCGCGACCCAGGCGCCAUGACGGUGGUCCUGCCCGAGGUGGACAGCGACGGCAGCUUCGAGAGCGUGCAGCCGAGGCAUCACACGGAGGGGCUCGAGGCGCUGCUCAAGCGCGGCGAGAAGGGCGGGCUGCUCGAGCUCAAGAACCGGCAGCCAAAGUGGAACGCGUCGAGCAACAUGUACGUCCUCGACUUCCACGGCCGCGCCUCGCUCCCCUCGUGCAGAAACGCCAAGGAGAGCGACGUCUGCUUCCUGAUGGGCAAGGUGGAGGAGAACCGCUUCAACAUCGACUUCAAGGCGCCCUUCUCGGCCAUGCAGGCGUUUGCGACCGCGAUCAUCAUCUUUGACAACAGCUCCGGCGCCUUUUGA